AUGUUCAGUAUACUCCAAUCACCUAAGACUUUCUGGCCGCACAGAACAGCCACAUCACAGCUGGUCUGUCGUGGCUACCAAAACGGGCCUCAUAUUGAACGGCAGGCCAAAUUUUGGGAAAUCGGGGGCUAUGGCUCAAUGGUAGAGCUUUCGACUCCAGUCAAAUCUCCGGAAUUGUGCAAUCGAAGGGUUGCAGUCGUGUUUGCUGAGGAACUUGUCGAUGGUGCCGAGUUCGAGGCCGGCGGAUGUUUUGUAGAUGGAGAUGUCGAUCUUUUCGAUCUUGAGCUGUCUGCUGAACUGCAGCUUGGUAAGCCCGUACAAAGUCACGUACGAGCCGUCAAGGUACCAGUUUCUGAGGAUCAGCCGCGAGCACUCGAGGUGCGUGGACCCGUUAGCAAGCACGUUGGCUCGGAUAAGGUUGUGAGAGAUCUCAAAGAAACCGACGCCGGAAAGAGCAAUGGCGUAGAGAAUGCGAGCGAAAAGCGAAAAAGUGAACGUCCGGAUGAUGGCUAUGUUGGCGAUAUUUUUCUUGAUGUCGUUGGAGUUUUGGAAGUUGAAUUGGGACAGUUGACCGUUAUUAGGAGGCAUGUUUUGCAGCUUGACGUUGCCGGCCUGCACUGGGACGCCCUGGCCCGACUUGCGGUGUUCGUCCAGCUGGCGGUGGAUAUUGUUCUGGAGGUUUCCGUAGGUGGCCUGGAGCUGCUGCAGGGCUGCGAGCUCUUUUUCUGCUUAUUGGACAUCAUGAUCAUCUUGAGCUCUUUCUCUUCCUUGGCAGCCUUGGCCUGUUUCUCGGCUUCCGAAACCGUUCUCUUCUUCUUGUUCUCUGCCUCGGAGUACUUCACGCCUGCUGCCUCAAGCUCCAACUCUCUCUGUUCGGCCAGGUCGUCUGCUUCCUCGUCUGCUUCCUCGUCGUCUUCGUCUUCCUCGUCUUCCGCCUCUUCGUCAACUUCCGCCUCUUCCUCUUCGGCCUCCUCAGCAGCAGCCUCUCUGGACUCUGGGUUGUAG